AUGGAAGAUAAUGCGUGUGAUACCCGUCUCCCCGAGAGGCUUUUCGCCACUGAUAGAUUUCCCCGUAAUCGUUUGAAUAUGUACUCUAGGCCGAACAUUCUAGCUUUCGUUCGCCAUGUUCUUCGUGGUUCUGAAGCGUUUGCAAAGAUUAGGAAAUCUUCCUUCGGAAAGCUUUUUGAUCGCCCAACUCACCAUCUUAGAUUCAGCCUCGAAGAGUUUGGGACCAUUACCGGCCUUAAUUGUGGCUCAUUCCCCGACGGCUACGAAGCACCUGACAACAACCGAAAGGAUGCAAACAAGCAGAAGGGCGCACACAAAGAUCCGUUGUGGCAGAAGAUAGUAGGCAAGUACGACAAUAUCACCAUUGCAGACUUAGCUGAUGAGCUUGAGCACGACCACCAAAUGGAUGAGUGGAGGAGAAUCCGACUUGCUCUCAUCAUCAUACUCGAUGGAGUCUUGAUCGCCUCCCAACAGAUUCACCGCCCUACGUUGAGGUAUGUUCAGAUGCUGGACGAUGUUGAUGCUUUCCUCGAAUUCCCUUGGGGGCGUGAAUCGUUCCUACACACUGUGCGCUGCAUGAAACCGCCUAAGUUCGAGAAAGGCAAAACCGUAGACAGCCCAGUUGAUAUGCUUGUUCUGAAGCUCAAACAAGAAACAUUCCGUCUCACCGGGUUCCCUCUAGCAUUGCAGUUACUCGCUUUCAGAGCCAUACCCAUGUUGCUCUCUAAGAUCCUUUCUCCCUUAAACGACCAGACAAUAAUGGACCUUACCGAGCCUAAUCUACCUAACCAUCCGUCUAUUGAACUAGACGCAGUUCUACAAGUCAAAGUUAACCCCUCUCUGUGGGUGACACCACUCAUACCGGUCAUCAGGGGACCGCAUCCUGGGUGGGGGGUAUGGCCAAACGAUAAGACAGAUGAUAAGGUGACAUACAUGGAGCAGCUGAAAAGCCAACACCCACUGCUUUUCUAA